CAUGUGUGUGUGUGUGUGUGUGUGUGUGUAUGUGUGUGUUUGUGUUCAACCAAACAGCUCACCAAGGCUCACUUAUCCGACGGAUCGGUUUAACCCGGCUUUUAGCCUGCUCCGCGUUGAUUAGCCCGGAUCUGUUCAAACCCCUGCGCUAGCAUGUUGUCCAGUCCGCAGGACCAGAACCAGGAGCCGAACCAGGAGCAGGAAGAGGAGAGGAAAGAGGAGGCGAAGGCUGAGAAGACAGAGGUUAAAAGUGAGGAAACGAAUGAGGAGCAAAAUAAGGAAAGGAAAAAGGAAAGCAAGAAGGAGAAGAAGGAACCCUGGAAUUAUUGUAUCUACAACCCUACCACCGGAGAGUUCCUGGGCCGGACCGCCAGCAGCUGGGGUCUCAUCCUCCUCUUCUACCUCAUCUUUUAUGGGUUUUUGGCUGGAAUGUUUUCUCUCACAAUGUGGGUGAUGUUAAAGACUCUGGACGAAAACAUCCCCCGACAUCAGGAUCGAGUGGCCAAUCCAGGUUUGGUGAUUCGUCCUCACGCAGCUGAAAUCUCAUUCAACCGCAGCAACCCAACAAACUACAACCAUUACGUCAAACAACUGCACGACCUCCUGCAGCAAUAUAACGACAGUGUUCAGGAGCGUAAUGACUUGUGUCUGGUGGGAGAAUACACUGAACAGGAUGAUGAGCAGAUAAAGAAAGUUUGUCAGUUCAAACGUAGUACACUGCGUCAGUGCUCCGGUCUGCCCGACACCAGCUUUGGAUACGCUGAAGGGAAACCCUGCAUCAUUAUCAAGAUGAACCGGGUCAUUGGACUGAAACCACGAGGAGAUCCCUACAUCAACUGUACCGCCAAGAGAGACAGUGUGUUACAGAUGCAGUACUUCCCAUCUGAAGGUCGGCUGGAUAAAAUGUUUUUUCCGUACUAUGGCAAGAAAGCGCAUCCUGACUAUGUGCAGCCUCUGGUCGCAGUCAAGUUGUUGUUAACAAAAGAUGACUACAACGUCGAGCAGACAGUGGAGUGUAAAGUCGAGGGUACAGACCUGCGUAACAAUGAUGAUCGAGACAAGUUUCAGGGCCGUGUCACUUUCCGUGUGAUGGUGUCAAAGUAAACGGCCCUGCUGGUUACCAUGGAUACCACAAACUGGGUUUACACUGGAAAAGCUCCAGUUCAGGACAAUUUUUAAUCCAGACCUGAUUUAUUCUUGGAUGUCUGAAUGCGGUUCAUCCUGUUCAGAGGACCACUGAGAGAUAUAUAUGGUUACACUGCCAGAACCUUCAUAUUUUAUCUUAACCGCAGUCCAGAUCUUUUAUUCAGUGGUCUAGAUCUGCUCCAGUCAAUGCAGAUCAGGUCUGCUAUGGAAGCAUGUGAGCCAUCUGUAUAAUGAUGUGUUUUUUUUUUAAAUGUAUAAAUGUGAUGUAAUAAAUCAAUGAUAUGAUCCUAGUACAAGGUCACUUCAAAACAUAAACAGUGAAAUCACAUAGAGGACCGAAAACCGAGUUCAGCUUUUCACUGGUUAUGCUACAGUUUCAGUUGACAUUCAGUUUGUCAGUAAUCAGAUUAAUCACAUUACUCAGCCUCCACCCUGAAACAGUCAUGCCAGAGGACCUGCCUUUUACAAUAUUAAUGACAUUUACAGUACUGUACUGAUAACGUGAUUAAGUUGAGUUCUAAAACAGAAAUCUGGAUUUGUGACCAUACAGACAUUUCAGUAGUGCUUCUCUGUGUGAGUAAACAGAUCUAUAAUGAUAGUAAUCUAAUUGCUUAUCUGUAUGUAAACCUUGUAGAAUAAACAGAGUAAUUUGGUUUAUGCAAAGAAUUGCCAAACAAUUCAGUACAAACCUUUAAUAGAUAAAUAAUAAUAUGAAAUCUCAUGAGUACAGAAUGUUUCACCUGAAUGCUAGGAUUAUAAUUUCCUGUCUAAGACCGAAGCUCCAGUGUUAACAACCCCCCCUCCAUACACACACCUCCCCCGAAACUCAUGUGAGCAGAAAUAUUUGUGUCAGUUUUAGUUUUUCACAGUAAAAAUGUUGAAAUAUAGUUUAUGAAUUGAAUUAGUUCCUCUCACUGUUUCCAACCAAAUGUUGUACAGUUUUUUAUGUGAUACCAGCGACUACUGUUGUGUUUUUAUUGAACAAGAUGACAUGCAGGCUUGCAGAGGUCCAAUUAGUCUUUAGUAAAUCUGUUUUAUCAUCAUGUCUCACUGCUGUUUCAAUUUACCUUGAUGUAUUAGUUUCUAUCCUGAAUGAAAAAGAAUGUGAUGUGUCUGUCUGCUAGAGGAAGAAAAACAAGAACCAUGAUAAUGCAUCUACUGUGCUGCAAAUAAAAGAUCCAACAGUGUUAUUUUUUAUUGUAAAAAUGUUUCUAUCAGGUUUUAUCACACUGUCUGUAGUUGUACUGUAACUUUGACUGCACAGCUAUGGUGCCAUAGGUGUGCCAUAAAAUUUAAUAAAUUUGUAAAAGAAUAAGAAAAUAAAUGUGGAAAUAUAAACAGGAAUGAA